GAAGGCGCCAAAGGGGGCGGUCACGGGGCACUCUGGGUUGUGGCGGUUCUCCGGUGAUUGCUCGCUGGGGGCUGAGGCGUCUACAGGCAUUCAGACGAUGCCGUGACACGGCCCCGCGACUGGGUCGACCGCGUGAGCGCACCCCUGCGGAGGGAGCCCCUGGGCCCCGGAGGCGGCGCGGCGUCGAGGCAGGCUGCUGUCGGCGGCUGCUCCCCCGGAGCUCCUCGGCGAGUGGGGGAGGGGCGGUGGACGACGCGCGGUGGGGGCCGCCCUCCCUCUGCGCCUGCGCGGGCCUCGCGGUCAGCUGGGUGCGCCCGCCCGCGCAUGCCCGCAGCGCGCGGAGCCGCGGUGGCCGGCUGCACUGCGCGUGCGCGCCGCGGACCCCGCUGAGGAGCGGCGCUGGCGGACGUCGGGCGGGCGGCCCGUGACGUCGUGAGGAGCGCUUUAAAGUGCGGGCCGGGCCGGGCGUCCGAGGGUCCGGCUGGGAGUCGGUCCUUCUCCCCGCGGCGACCCCCCGCGGCAUGAGGCGCUGCCGGCGCCCCUGCCCCCCGGGACGCGGAGAAGCAGCCGGCGGCGGCGGAGGAAGCUCGGCGGCCGCCACCGCUGCCUGACCCGCCGCCCCGAGGCCCGAUCUCGCGCCCGGCCCCCCUCGCCGCGCCCCGCCGGCCCCUCCGGCCGCGCAUGGGGGCCCGGCGCUGAGGACCCGCUCGCCUCCGGGGGCGCCGGGGCGCGUCCCCACAGGGCCAUGCCCGGCCGCCCCGCCCGCCGCGGAGGACCUUAGAGCAGAGGCGCGGGGGCCAUGGCGGCCGCCAGCGGCUACACGGACCUGCGGGAGAAGCUCAAGUCCAUGACGUCCCGGGACAACUACAAGGCGGGCAGCCGGGAAGCCGCCGCCGCCGCGGCCGCUGCCGUGGCUGCCGCCGCCGCCGCCGCCGCCGCGGCCGAGCCGUACCCGGCGCCCGGGGCCAAGCGCAAGUACGCGGAGGACUCGGACCCCGAGCGCAGCGACUUCGAGGAGCAGCAGCUGCAGAAGGAGGAGGAGGCGCGCAAGGUGAAGAGCGGCAUCCGCCAGAUGCGCCUCUUCAGCCAGGACGAGUGCGCCAAGAUCGAGGCCCGCAUCGACGAGGUGGUGUCCCGCGCCGAGAAGGGCCUGUACAACGAGCACACGGUGGACCGGGCCCCGCUGCGCAACAAGUACUUCUUCGGCGAGGGCUACACGUACGGCGCGCAGCUGCAGAAGCGCGGGCCCGGCCAGGAGCGCCUCUACCCGCCGGGCGACGUGGACGAGAUCCCGGAGUGGGUGCACCAGCUGGUGAUCCAGAAGCUGGUGGAGCACCGCGUCAUCCCCGAGGGCUUCGUCAACAGCGCCGUCAUCAACGACUACCAGCCCGGCGGCUGCAUCGUGUCCCACGUGGACCCCAUCCACAUCUUCGAGCGCCCCAUCGUGUCCGUGUCCUUCUUCAGCGACUCGGCGCUCUGCUUCGGCUGCAAGUUCCAGUUCAAGCCGAUCCGGGUGUCGGAGCCGGUGCUUUCCCUGCCGGUGCGCAGGGGGAGCGUGACUGUGCUCAGUGGAUAUGCUGCUGAUGAAAUCACUCACUGCAUACGGCCUCAGGACAUCAAGGAGCGCCGAGCGGUCAUCAUCCUCAGGAAGACAAGAUUAGAUGCGCCCCGGCUGGAAACCAAGUCCUUGAGCAGCUCUGUGUUACCACCCAGCUAUGCUUCAGAUCGCCUGGCAGGAAACAGGGACUCCGCUCUGAAACCCAAGCGGUCCCACCGCAAGGCAGACCCUGACGCUGCCCACAGGCCACGGAUCCUGGAGAUGGACAAGGAGGAGAAUCGGCGCUCCGUGCUCCUGCCCACACACCGUCGGCGGGGGAGCUUCAGCUCGGAGAACUACUGGCGCAAGUCCUCGGAUGCAGUGGAGGACUGCUCGGAGGCGGCGGGCAGCCCUGCCCGGAAGGUGAAGAUGAGGAGGCACUGAGGCCGCCAGCUGUGCCUCCAGGGACUCUGGCUGCUCCUUGCCCGGCUGCCCCUCCUCUUAGUUGGUUUUGUUUUGAGGGUUUUUGUUUUGUUUUUGAUCCUAUAUAUUCUUUUCCUUGGUUUGUUGCCUGUUAAGGCUGAAGAAGGAGAAUUGCCAGGACCUGGGCUCGCACGUUGGCUGCCUUGAUGGGAAGGCUUUGGGCAGCCAAGGGGACAGCGGCUCACACUGCAGCGGCCAGGAGUGGCCUGGGGGCAGCCGU